AUGGCCUCUGUUGAUACCCUUCCUGAGGCGGUCCAGUCGCUCUCUCUGCAGACUACCGCGGAGACCUCCAAGUUCCCGAACAGCUUUCCUACCCUGAACCCCGUCGAUCUUUACAGGGAGCACAUCUCCGAGGGCUUGAGCUCCAUCACGGGCAUCGAUGCCGUUGAGAUCUAUCCCCGUCUGCAGUUCACGAACACCCUGGACAAGGGCGAUCUUCUUCUACCGGUCCCCUCGCUCCGAAUCAAAGGCAAGAGCCCGGCAGACCUGAGCAAGGAACUCGCCGAGAAGUUCCCGGCAUCCGACAUCAUCCACCCCCCUGUCGCUGGUGGCCCCGGCGGCAUCCACCUCCAAUUCUACUUCAAGGAGAAGCCUCUUGCGCAGCGCGUCAUCGGUCAGAUUCUCAAGGACAAGGAUGCGUUCGGAUCAAAUGGAAACCAGGGUCUGCGCGACCCCAAGGACCCCUCCAAGGGCCGGAAGAAGAUCAUCAUCGAGUUCUCGUCGCCCAACAUCGCGAAGCCCUUCCACGCCGGUCACCUGCGAAGUACCAUCAUCGGUGGUUUCUUGGCCAACCUCUACACUGUUAUGGGAUGGGAUGUCGUCAAGAUGAACUACCUCGGUGACUGGGGUAAGCAGUACGGUCUGCUUGCGAACGGAUACAAGAUGUUCGGUGACGAGCAGAAACUGCUGCAGGAUCCCAUCAACCACCUGUUCGAGGUUUACGUCAAGGUGAACGCCAUUGUUGGGGAGCAGGAGGGUCCGAUCAAGGAGCUCAAGGAGCAGAUCAAGGUGAAGAAGGAGAAGAACGAGGAUGUCGCAGAGCUUGAGCAGGAACUCGCGAAGCUUGUCGAUGUCAGUGAGGACGAGAAGGCUCGUCGUUACUUCAAGAGCAUGGAGGACGGUGAUCCCGAUGCCCUGAGCCUCUGGCGCCGAUUCCGUGACCUCAGUAUCACAAAGUAUCGCCAAACCUAUGCCCGCCUCAACAUCGAUUACGACGUGUACUCAGGAGAGUCUCAAAUCAAGCAGGAGAGCAUGUCCAAGGCCAACGAAACUCUGCAGUCGUCUGGUGUUUCGGAGAACUCCGAGGGUGCCACCAUCGUCGACUUCGUCAAGCACGGUGCCAAGAAGCUUGGAAAGGCCGUCAUUGUCCGAAAAGAUGGUACUCCUCUGUACCUGACCCGUGACAUUGGUGCUAUCUUUGAGCGUGAGGAAGCUUACAAGUUCGACAAGAUGAUUUAUGUUGUUGCUGCCCAGCAGGAUCUUCACUUGGCUCAGCUGUUCAAGAUCGUGGAGCUCAUGGGCUUCAAGGACCUGGCCAGCCGCUGCCAGCACAUCAACUUCGGUAUGGUCCGUGGAAUGAGUACCCGCAAGGGUACCGUGAAGUUCUUGGAUGAUAUCCUGAGGGACGUUGCCGACAAGAUGCACGAGACCAUGAAGAAGAACCCUGAGAAGUACGCUCAGAUUGAGAACCCUGAAGCCACGGCUGAUAUCCUGGGUAUCACUUCCGUCAUGGUUCAAGACAUGUCUGGAAAGCGUAUCAACGGUUACGACUUCAACCUCGACGCCAUGACGUCGUUCGAAGGAGACACUGGUCCUUACCUGCAAUACGCCAACUCCCGUCUCUCCUCCAUUAUCCGCAAGUCAGAGGCCAACGUAGAGGAGCUCCCCACAGCGAACCUCGACCUCCUUACCGAAUCCCACGCCACCAACCUUAUCCGACUUCUCUCCUCCUGGCCCGACGUUGUCAUGAUGACCAACAAGACCCUUGAACCUACCACUAUCAUCACCUACCUCUUCCGCAUGACUCACAUGGUCAGCUCUAGUUACGACCACCUGCAGGUCAUUGGUAGCGAGCCGGAGAUCAAGAAGGCCCGUCUCGCUCUGUAUGAGGCUGCCCGACAAGUCCUCAACAACGGUAUGCGGAUUCUCGGUCUCACCCCCGUCAACCGCAUGUAA